AGAGAGAGAGAGAGAGAGAGAAAGAGAGAGAGAGAGAGAGAGAGAGAGCGGGAAAAUCCACACAGGUUGCUCCACAGUGGAGGAGAAAGGCUGCAUCAUCGUCGUUGUUCUCGGUGUUUGCAGAGCGGUGCGGGUUGAUCAGCGGCUCUGAGUGCCCUUCAUAGGGAUGUACUCGGAGGAGUGGAGCAGACUGGGGCAGAGAGGAGAGAGGGGCGUCAUAUCAAAUCUCACCUUCAGCAAACUAGCAGACGAAGACACGAGAGAGAGAGAGAGUAUACACAGAACGCAAGCCUCAGAGGAGCCAGUACCUGAUGACCGUUACCAUGGUAUCUACUUUGCAAUGCUAUUGGCCGGUGUGGGAUUCCUGCUACCGUACAAUAGCUUCAUUACGGAUGUGGACUACCUCCAUCGCAAAUUUGCUGGCUCCUCUAUUGUGUUUGAUAUGAGUUUGACGUAUAUACUGGUGGCUCUCGGUGCUGUCAUCCUGAACAAUGCUCUGGUGGAGAGACUGAGUCUACACACACGCAUCAGUGUUGGAUAUCUCUUUGCACUGGGUCCUCUGGUGUUUGUGAGCGUGUUUGAUGUUUGGCUAGAAGUGUUCAACUCCCGGCAGUCCUACGCUGUAACUCUUGCUGCAGUUGCCAUCGUUGCCUUUGGAUGUACAGUGCAGCAGUCUAGUUUCUAUGGAUACACAGGGAUGCUGCCGAAGCGGUACACCCAGGGUGUGAUGACAGGAGAGAGCACAGCGGGAGUGAUUGUCUCUCUGAGCCGGAUCUUCACUAAGCUGCUGGUGGAGAAUGAAAAGAACAACACUAUUGUUUUUUUCCUCUUCUCUGUUUCCAUGGAGACCCUCUGCUUCCUGUUGCACAUGCUGGUGCGGCGGACACGCUUCGUCCAUUAUCACACCAACCGGGCUCGCCAUGGAGACACUUGGGUCAAAGGUCUGAUCGUGGCACCAGCACAGCAGCAGAGAAGCAGAUAUCAGAUACACCGUGACAUCAGUACAGAAGACGAGGACGGUCCUCUCUCAAGUGCUCCUGGAGAGGCUGAUGCUCCUAACAUCUUAAACAGUGAUGGAACAUAUGUCAGAUUUGAUGUUCCCAAACCUAAAGCCAAGAGGACGUGGACCAGUGUCAAAGAUGUGAUGGUGCGGAGGUGUGCGGUUGCUCGUGUGAUCUGGCCCUACAUGCUGUCCAUCUCCGUGACGUACUUCAUUACGCUGUGUCUGUUCCCGGGGCUGGAGUCCGAGCUGCAGAACGACACGCUUGGAGAGUGGCUGCCCAUCCUCACCAUGGCGCUGUUCAACAUGGCCGACUUUGUGGGCAAGAUCCUGGCUGCUUGCCCAUAUGAAUGGGGUGGUGUGCAGCUGCUGGUGUGUUCUUGCGUUCGUGUCCUCUUCCUGCCCCUGUUUGUGAUGUGCGUGUCUCCAUCACAGCGCCCCCUGCUGGCUCACCCGGCCUGGCCUUGUGCCCUCUCCCUACUGCUGGGCAUCAGCAACGGCUACCUGGGCUCUGUGCCCAUGAUCCAGGCUGCGGGCAAAGUGCCACCACAACAAAGAGAGCUGGCAGGGAACACCAUGACUGUGUCCUACAUGGCUGGCCUGAUGCUCGGCUCUGCAGUGUCCUACUCAACCUUCAGCCUGACCUCACGCUCAGCACACACGCGCACACUCAAACUCAACUCAACACUCUCACUGCACAGCUACACACCUGCGUUCUGACACUUCUCACGCCCACUCUGAACACACUCAUACACACAUACAACCACACACACUCAUUAGCGCUGCAGCAGCGCUGCUAAAGAGACCAGGACGAUGUCCACGGUCUGGAUCAAAUAAACAUAAUUCAGCCAA